UUUAAAACUACGACAUGAACGAUGGCCGCCUCCAACUUUGAAACCAGCAAACCUCGUCGAAUCAAAGCUUUAUUAUCUUCAUUUCUCAAGGGUAUUUCUCGUGAAGAGAAAAAAGAAAGUGAGACCAAGCAAGUGAUUUUUGAGUCUCUGGAUACAGAAGGAUUUGCGGAUGGAUUUGUGGUGGUUGACGAAGUCUCUAGUGAACAAACCAGCACUGUGCAGCCUUUGAAUCAAGAACUUUUCUUCAAUAGGGUGGAAACAUUUUCUAUUUCAUCAUGGUUUGCUAAACCAGAUGAAGUUUGUCCUCUUCGCUGUGCUCAGUAUGGCUGGGAGAAUAUUGAUGUGGACUCGCUGAAGUGUGUCAGUUGCAAGGAAGUACUCUAUGGUGGGCUACCCCCAAAGUGGGAAACAGACUUGUAUGAAAAUGCUUGUAAGAAGUUGGUAGAUUCAUUGAAGACUGGUCACAGUAAGAUUUGUCCUUGGCAGAGCAAUCCUUCACCAGCUUCAUUUCUUGAGGUGAAUUUAGUGAGCAGUCAGAAUGCAGUGAAUGAUUUUCUUCACAGAGUAGCAUCCAUCAGAUGUUUUGGAACCUCUGUUCCUGCUGUUGAUUUAUCAUGUCUCCAACAGGUUGAUGAGAAUGAAGAUGCAUUAUCUAGGAUCGUAUCAGGGGUUUUAGGGGAAGAGCCAACAUGUGAUUAUAAAGAGAGGAUAGAGUCUGUCUGUUUCAUGGCUGCAUGUGGCUGGUCUCGGAGUUCUCCUGAAGGCUCCCAAAGCCCAACAAUGUCAUGUCAAUACUGUAGGCGGAAUGUUGGUCUCUGGAAUUUUACACCUUAUGAACAGAAUGCAAAGACGGUGACCGAAGAUGAUUCAGAACCCACAGCAAAAAGAUUAAAGGUUGACAAGGGACUGUUCAAUCCUAUAGAAGAGCAUAGGAGCUGGUGUCCAUGGAUCAAACCAACAUCUUCCACCCAAAAAGUUAAGUCAUUACCUCAAGAUAAGAACCAGGAUGAUGAGAGGCCAGUCAGACCAGCAUGGCAUGAACUUCUUGUCUUGUUGCAUCAAAGAUCAAGUCCUGACAAACAAGGUCUUCUCACCAAUAAACAAGUGACACCACCCAGCCAAGCAUGGAAAGCAGUAAGGAGAAUAACAAACUUCUGGCAGAGUCGGAAUGCUGUCAAUAAGACUUAAGUUCAAACUAAGCUACUUAUGUACAAUUAUGGAGCAAUCAAUGUACCUUUCAUUUGUAUCUCCAAUUUAAGUACGAAAUAUGUCAUAAACACAAAAUAAUUACAUAUGGCUUGAUAGAGUAUGUUCUCACAAAUAAUUUGAUACCAUUGCUUAGUAAACACUUUUUAGUGUUAAUUCUCAUGCUAAUUUCAUUGAAAAUGGAUUUGCAAAUAUGUUUACUAACUCAUGUUAAGUUUUUGACAUUGGCAUCUAGAUUCAUUCAUUGCAGUCAUGCCUUACUUUUGUGCAAAUCAAAAUUUACAUCACUGCAAAAAUACCUCCUGAUUAUCCAAGCAUGAAGACAUACCACAUAAAUAUGGUAUUAAAUUAUUUUUGAGAAAAUACUCUUUCCAGUCAUAUAUAACGAUUAUGUGUUUCUGACAUAUUCUUUCCCUGAAUUGGGGAUUUGUGAGGUGUCAAGUUUUUUUUCUCACAGUAGUUCACUUGGUCAAGAUCAAAGGCUAUUUUACAUUAAUAGACUUUGAUAGAAAUCCAUGUUUUUUAAAUUGUUGCAAAAGUAUCAAAUGUAGUUUGAUGAAAUUACAAUGAGAUAGGUAUCAAAUAAACCAAAUGACUUAAAAGGAUCCUAAAACCAAAGGAGAAAAUCAAUCUGAGGAGAAAGAGUAAAAUGAGAGAAAUUUGAUUUUGAAAUAAGAGCAUUGUGAUAAUUUUAAAAAGUCAAAUUGAAUAUUCUUGAUGUUUAGCUUCUUUAGGAUCAUCAAAUUGGCAAACCUGCUUCAAAAUGGCUGGUUUUGUGGACAAAAUUCCAUUUGUUUGUAGACAAAUUUUCCUCAUUUUCUUUCAAAUCACAUUUGCCUCCUGAGCAUGACAUAUAUCAUGGAUAAAUACAAUUCACAUCACCUUCGACACGGUCUGAAGGAUAUUAAUGAGGAAUAUGUGAAAUAAAAGGGAAACUUGUGCACAAAAAAAAUGGAUGGUUGCCCACAUAAUCAGCCAGUUUGAAACAUGAUUGCUAAUGAUUUGAUGUUCCUAUCAAAGCUAAACCACAAGACUUUUCAAAGUUCCAUAACGCUCUCAUUUCAUGAUCAGUUUCCAUGAAACAUGUUUUAAAUUACUUCUCUCAUUUUACUCUUUCCAAUGAGAUUGAUAUCUCCAUGCGAUUUCAUAUCUUCUAAAUGUAGUCAUUGUUUCUAAUGCAAGUCCAUCCAUUCAUUUUGUUAAAUCUUACGUAAAGUAAUGUGUGUCAACACUGUCAAGUAGGCCUAUAUGUUACAAGUGUAUAUUCCUGUUCUCAAAUGAAAAUUUUAUCAAUUUUCAUGCUUUAAAUUCAGGCAAGAACACAUUUCUUUAUAGCAUUAACAGGGAAUCUUGACAGGAUCAACAAACUAUUCCAGGGCCAAUUAGAAGAGUGUUUGUAUCAGUCAAAAGGACAUCCAUUGGCUUAGAUUAUUAUUCAAAUUGUGAAUUUCAAGAAAUAAAAAAUGUUUGAUGAAUCAAUGUCAAAAGUCAACACUGCGGCUACAUUAAAUUGCAUUCUAUAGUACAGGCAAGACCGCAAGGAGCAUUCUGCUUGUUUAUUUUUUUUUUAAUACACAAAUUAGCUGGUCAUUCUAUUUAUGUUUUUUUUCCCCUUUGUGUUCCAUGUUAACCUUUUAUUCCUCUAGGAAUUACAAAUUCAAUCCUCUUUCCACACAUGUUAUAUGCAUUGUGUUUUCUUCAGUUUACUUUUGCAUAAACACAAAUAUGACAUGAAUAUUGAAUAAUGAAUAUUAAGUAAGUUGUGAUGAUAAAAAUAAGAUAUGUUCGGUUAUUCCUCCUUGGUGACAGUGCAGUGACAUUUUUUUAUCAAAGUUACACUCCAAAUUGCAUACAUUUUGGAUCCCUUUUUUAUGAGCCCUGUAAUAAAUUAAACCAAUUUUGUCUCUCUGAUUUGUUAACUUCGCUUGAUUGUUAGUAAUGGUGUAAAUUUUGCUGAAGUCACCCCCAGCACAAUUUCAGUUCACUGACAUUACUAAUUUGUAAUAAUGAAUGACUGUAAAUUUGUUAUGUCCUAUAUGAUGUGAUGGUAGCACAGUGCAGCAACACAUGACUAGCAAGCAGGAGUACCCACUUGACAGUUAUUUUUUAUUUUUAUUAUUGAGACUUACAAUGUCUUUGAUCACACUUAUACUGGAAAAGAACUGUGCUGCUAUUGCAACCUUCCUUUUUAUUCCAAACCUUUGUAUGUGGAUGAAGUCUUACAUUUCAGGAAAGGUGCAAAACCAGCAGUGUGUAAGGCUCUGUUUUAUCUUGAUAAUUUUAAACCAACUGCUAAAUCUGGAGAUUGGAAGUAAUCUUUAUUUUUUAUUUAUUAGAUAAAUAAUAGUUGUUUUGUGUUGGAACAUGUCCUGUACAUGUGAAUAUAAAGUGCCUGCAGCUUUUUGCAAUGUUAUACGUUCACUGACUGACAGUGGUUUUUAGACACACACAUGGAGUGGGGCAUUACUUUAAUGUCAAUGUUAUAAUACCAAUGGCUAUUAUUCAAAUAUUCAAUGUUUAUGAGUGCAAUCGUUCUGAAUUAUACAUGUGCAAGUUUCAACUUUAACGAUUUAAUUCAUUGCGCUCAGUAAAUAAGGUGAAAUAGGCAUAUAGCCUAAAUGCACAAUACUGUCCGAGGUCAUGUGCGUUUGUGGGAUUUUGCUGUUCGUUUUCAAUAUUUUUCCUCCCUUUUCAUAGAUUAUUGCAUAUUUUUGCUAAACUCGGAUGCGUUUCACAACACAAGUAGCAAAUAUUCUUAUUCGUGCAACAGUGUGUGAGAUUUCGCAUUCUGUGAAAGAAAGAGACACUCUAUUCAACUCGACUAACGUCUCGUUGAGUAGAGCAUCUUUCUUUCACCUCAUGCGAAAUCUCACACCAUCGCACUUAUACCUAUUCGCUAUUUGUAUAAUUUAGAGCAUUAGAUGUUUAUGUUAGAAUCUUCGAGUAUCACUUGUUGAGACAACAAAAGAUUAGAGGCUGAUACACCAUCAGAUUGGAGAUCUAGCUGAAGAACUGCAAUGACCACUGAAGAAUCCUGGGCCGCAGGAAUAACAGUUACCUGUAGAUUGAGACCUCCCAAGUUGAAGAGAUAGAUCCACGCUAGUACUAGGCCUGGUCUGGUUCUCUUGUGGUUCCAUGACAUUUUCUUGCAUCCCAUAGGCUUGUCUGGUACUCACUUUCUUCUUCUCUGUACUUGUGGUGGUAUAGUGUUUUAGGGAAGACUCUGACUUGUGACCUGUGACAGCCAUUAUGUUGUGACUUUUGAAGCCCGCUUAAGCCCUAAAGAUGUGGUUGAAGUAUUUCUGUGUACAUCCUGCAGCCUUGGCGAUCAAAUCAUUUUUUUCCUUAUCGUAUUUAUCCCAAGUUGAAUGUUAUUGUACCACGGUCCUUCUGGAGCCUUAGAUUUGGGUCUAUCCGGGGUUCAAAUGGCUCUUGUAUGCAAAUACUGAUGUCACUGGUCACUUGGGAGAGUUCUUAAUUUCAUACAUACGGCCGCCAAUUCCUCUUCUACAUUUUCUCUUCUUGAUUUAAAGUGCCCCAGCAUUCAAAGUAACGAAGACCGUUUUCAUUGGUGUUGAGAAGUCAGUGCUCUUUUGUCAUUUCUCGGAGAGAGUCAUGUCCUCUCUGCCUGAAAUUAGUUAUGAUGUCGUAGAAUACUUUGUUUUGAAGCCCCAAUGGAGUACUUACACCAACUGCGUUAGACUCUAAAUCUUUUUCAUGUCUUCACUAUAAACAGAGGUCCCAGGGAGGGGGGCACUCACAUAUAUUGGUGGCAAUGGGAAGUGCUGCGUUGAUGACCCCCUUUUUCAGACCUAAUUUUCUAUUCCCUAGAUACUCCAAAUUACAAAAUUUCUGUUCAGAAGCCACCCGCACUGCUCACGAGAUCCCCUGUUACGAAAAAUUUCAGUUCCCCAGCCCAGCCUAAAUUGUCCAGCGCAAGCACCACAAAGCAAUAGCUCCACGCAUGGCCUUAUAUUCCCUCUAUAUCACGCCGCUAGCAUGGCUGGCGCCCACACGCAGCACAGCGCUAGCACUACAAUCAUAGCGCACACCUUGUACCGCAAGCCCAUUCUGUUGACCCUGUUUUUCACACCGCCCAGUGUAUUUUUAGUUCCCAAGACCUUGUAUUUUACCCUUGUGGUCAGUUCCUUAGACUCCCAUUUCAGGGUUUCGGGAGGCACACCCCAUCAAAAUAUAGUUUGAGUGCCCCCCCCCCCUUGUGCUAUACGAAGCAUUUACCUUCCUUCUUGAGUUUCACCAUCAUAGGUUUGAAGUUUUUUGGUGUUCCAGGAAUUAGUCAGGCUUUAAGAUGUCCAUGUCUCCAACUGAAAAUUUGCUGGAGUCCAUAUCUGAUUUGGUAUCAUGGAUUUUUGUGUAUACAAAGUGCCAUCAUCUCGCCUUGACCCAGCAAAGAAACAACUGAGGAAUUGGUCUAGACCUGGAUCUCCUAGCUCCUCAACGUCGAUGUACACUUUCCAAAUGCUUCCAAUUGACCCAUGGCAUAUUUGAUCACCUUAGUGUUCGCUGCUUCACUGUCAGCAAUUCGUUUAGAUCCUCAUCAGAAUCGAAAACGAAAGUUUGGGGUAGCCAAAAACUAGCCAUGAUCCAUUCCUACUAUAGAUCUAGGUCUAGUUAAUGAGAUCUAAACUAAGGCCUACUAUAGUGAGCGCAUCUAGGAAGCUGUAUACCCUGGGAAUUAUUAGCUUAGCAACGUAUGUACGCACAUUGUGUUUAGCUUAGCAACAUACGUAUAUGUGCAGUAUACUCGCAUACAGUCGUCGGUCGAGAUGCGAACAAGUGAAUACAUUAUAUGCUUGUAUGCAGCUACCCGUAAUACACUUAAAGUGUAAGGGUCCAAGGGUUUAGUGUGCCCUGGGAUCUUGCACUUCUAGCUCAUUUAAUUGAGCAUGCAAUUGUUGACUAUUGCUCGGCUUUCAUGUCUUAGCAUGCUAUAGCUGAAUCCUCUAAAUGUCAUGUGACAUGCAUUCAUCCAAUCAGCUGCCAGGGAUCUGUGUAUAUGUGGUAGAAAAUAUUAUAUUCAAUCAGUCAGUAUAGAAUACUGUUUGCUUACUGUUCCUAACACUGCAUUUUUUUUUACAAUCAUUAAAACAUAAUAUGAUUAGAAGAAAUGAUCACAGAUUCUGUACAUUCCACUGUGUAGAAUGAGUUUUUUGUAAAACUUGGAGACUUAUUAGCUGAUAAUAACAUGUAAACUGUGCAAAAUGAUUCCUGUCUUUUGUACGUGUAUAUAUGUUUGUAUCAUUUGUAUCUUAUGCGAUUUCAUUCACCUAGAAUGGAAAUCAAUAAAACAAUUCCUCUAUGCCAUU